AUGGAAACCGAAACCCAAAUCAACGACCCAGAUUCGCCGACCUCCGAUCAUGAGGUCCUUCGCGCCGAGCUCGAGUCCCUCCGCCAGUCUCACCUUAACCUCCAACAGAAGACGGCGGCGAUGGAGGAGGACUUCAACCGAGUCCAGAAAGAAAGAGACGAGGCGGCGGCGGAGUUGACCAGAGUCGUCGGGGAGUUUUCCGGCGAGAGGGAGGCUCUUAGGGAAGAGCUGCGCAAGGCGGAGGCGGUUUCGAGGGAGAAGGAAGAGGAGUAUGUGAUGAAGAUCGAUGAGGACGUAAAGAGGAAGGAGAGCCUGGAAGAUGAGGUGAGAUUGUGUAGAGAGAGAAUCGAGAAAUUGGAGACUGAGAGGAGAGAGAAAGAUAAGUUUCUGAUCAAGUGUGUCGAUUCGCUAAGGCCGAUCAAGGAGGAGUUGAUUGGGAUUAUCGAAGGGCUGGAUGAUGAGCAGUCUCGGAUUGAGGUCACUGCAAUCGAGGCGGAAUCGGAAUUAAGUCUAAGCUUAGUAUCUGAGGGUGAAUUGAGGGCGGUUUGGAAGGAGAUCAUGGGAGUUAAGAGACUGGUGGAGCGGGCGGAGGCGAAGGUGGAGGAGUAUAAAGAGAUUAGGCAUAAUGAGAGGAGGCAGUUGGGGAACAGUGUGGUGAGUUUGACGGAGGAGAAUAGGGAUAUCAGCACAUUGCUGAGGAUUGCUUUGGUGGAGAAGGAGGCUGUGGAGAAGAGGCUGAAGGGGAGCGGCGAGACGAAGAGAGUGGCCAUUUUGCAGAGAGUUGGGUUUGGGCCGUUCGGGUUUUUGAUGGGGAGUGGAGGCAAUGAGCAGACAUUGGAGGGUCCUGUGGCUAAGGUGGAUGGAAUGGGGUCUGGGGCGAGUAGCAAGUCGGAUAGCAGUGAGUGUGAGGAGGAGGUUGUCAGUCUGGCAUCUACUGUGGAGAAGAUCAUGAAGAACCUACGCCUGGAGAUCACACAAUUGAGAAGAUCGUUGGAAGAAUCAAGGUCAGACACUGAGCGCCUACAGAGUCUCACAGAGAAACAAACUCAACAAAUUGCAGAAAACAUGCUGUACAUCAAGGAGUUAGAAGACAGAGAGAGGCUCUUAACUGAAAAUGUUGAGGCACACAUGAGCGAAAUGAAGGAUGCUGAAGCAGAGGUUGCCAGAUGGAGAGAAGCUUGUGAGUUGGAAGUUGAAGCUGGGAAAAAUGAGAUUGAAGAACGCGAAAAAUUGAUUGCCAUCCUGAAGCAAGAAUUGGAGAAAACAAGGGCUGCUUUGGACAUAUCAAAUGGCAAAUUAAAGCUGAAAGAAGAACUUGCAGCUAACGCCAUGGCUGCUCAUGCGGCAGCAGAGAAGUCCCUCCAGCUGGCUGACAGCAGGGCUGCAGGACUCCGUAACCGAAUAGAGGAACUAUCAAGACAGGUAGAAGAAGCAGAAAGCAGAGAGCGCCAUAGCCGAAGGGUGAGACAUAUAUGUUGGCCAUGGCGAUCCCUCAAAGUGAACCCCGCUAACAAUUCACAUGUACGACGAUUGCUACCAGAAAUGCAGGCCUUGCUUAAUUAUAAUGGUUGAUGAGUCAGGUCACAUUUUUUCAUUUUGUUUUAGCUCAGUAGAAUUUUAUUUGGAGUUCUUUCAUUACUUUUAAACCCCUGUGCAGCUGUAUUUCUCCUUUGUUGUAUUCAUGUGAAAAAAAAUGAUAAUACAUCCCCCUCUCUAUUCAUAUGCUCUGGACUACAAAUUUAAGCACCUAUCACCAAACAUGUUAAAAUCGGUUACAGACACAGAUUCAGAAAUAAUGGGAGUAAAAUAUUUUGAUGAUCAUUGGUAAUGAAACAAAAAGAAGAACAGAUAUACCAUGACAGUAAGGCAAAUUACACGACAUAACAAUGGCAAUUUUCAUGUUGCCAUGUCAACACUACUACACUAGUUCUUGUGAUACAUAACUCCAGACUAAAAGAGAGGAAAAUGAGACCUUAAGCUAAAAUAAAAAAUUUAACCAA